AUGGCUCGGGAGAUCUCGAAUCCGCUGGGAGUGAUUGACGAGCUCUUCGCGAGGUGCACCGGGGACAAGCCGCCAAGUGAGUGGCAGGAGAAGGCUCACUUUGUGAAAACGCUCGAGCUGGAGAAUGAGGAGAACUUUGCCCGGGUGCCGUGCUUGAACGAUGUGCUGGCGGAGGAAAUCCCGCCGUUUAGCCUGGUGCGGUACAGGUGUUUGGUUCAGGACGUUUUCGAGCCUGAGCUCUACUCCAUGCUCCUGCUGGACCGCGAAGCGCAGCGCUUUGUGACCACCAAGUACCGGGAGACCCUCCCGGGUGGCAAGGACUUACAGGAUUUGGGUCGCAACGGGCUGGGCACCCGGGGCGCCUACUACUGCGUGCCGCUGCCUGGAGAGACGCCCUGGGCCAAGGCCGCCGCGGCGGCCGGGCGCACGGCAGCGGCUUCCGCGGGCCAAAGCCAGGCCCGGACCAAGCGCUCCAGGGACGAGGACGUAGACAUGGCCGACAUGGAGCCCGCGGCGGAAGCCGCGCCGCAGGUCUCACAGAAGCCGAGGCAGAAGCAGGCGCCAGUGCCGACUCCUGCCAGGAACUCGGAUUCCUUCGGCCUGAACUUCCCAUUGCCCUGGGAAGAGGACCAGCGUGCCACCGCCUGUAUCGUGAAACUCUACGACGAGGACGCGGAAUCCUUGCGGCUCUGCGAGAGUAUCGAGAUCCUGGGGGUGCUUUGCGUGGAUCCCUCCAUGGCCAACUUGGGGGACGCACCAUCUUGGCCCUACGAUGCCAGGAGUCCAUCCACGGCCCUGGUGCCCCGUUUGCACGGGCUCGUGGUGCGGCGGCUUCCCUUCUACCACCCCGCGCUGCCCUUCAGCCCGGCCUUCCUCUCAGAGGCGCGCCUGGCGCAGGCCUACCAGCGCGGCCUGGGGGGCCUGCAACAAGCGAGGAGCGCCGCCAUCGGCCUGCUGCAGCAGUCCCUGAAGGACCCCUUGGCCGCGGAGUACGUCUUGGCGCUGCUGGCUUCCCGUGUCUAUGGCCACACCAGCGGCAUGGCUUUGGGGCAAUGGUCCUUGAACAUCUCCCACUGGCCAGAGGACACCGCGAAAUCACUCCACGGCGCGGUGUCGCAGCUCGUGCCGCUGGCCGCACACUUGCCGCUCACGGCGGAGACGUUGAGUGGGGGCCGCUGGAAGCCCCGUAAGGACUUCGAGGCAAACCGCCUGGUGGCGGGGAAGCUGCAGCUCGCCCCCGGCACCACGGUGCUGCUGGACGAGGCGCAGAUGGCCCAGGGCACGCUGAACGAGGUGGGAGUGAGGGCCGCUCAAGCUUUGAACAGCUUGGUGACAGAUCAGACGCUGCAAUGUGACUUCAACAGCUACGACGUCCCGAUCCCUCUGGAAGUUAACUGCCUGUUCGUGUCCAAGGGAGUGUCCAUUCUGAAGCUGGCCGAUGUGGUAGUUCCUUUGCAGCCGCAGAACGUCACUACGGACAUGGCGUCUGUUGGCGCAGGCUUAGAUGCGGCAAGGUUCCUCCUAGCGCUGAUCACCCGGCAAGCAAGGCCCUUCAGCAUGCCUGAGGAGGUGACAGCUCGGUUCAGCGAGGACUUUGCGCAGAUACGCCAGGAGCAUCAGGACGUGGGUCAGCGCACGGUCCACGUCUGGCGCUCUCUGGCACGGGCUGUGUGCCUCACCCACGGCGAGGAGGUCCUCUCGCUGGAGAGGUGGAACUCGGUGCUCGCGAUGGAGCGCGAGCGCCUAAGGCGGAUGACAGAGAGCGGCAUCCAGAUGGCGUGA